AUGGAUACCAGCAGUAGAAGAUUUGCCAUUGCAAUUCUAUUGGAUGGCCGCAUGGGACUUGUUCACGAUGUUGUUGAACAAGAAGCCAAGAGUACUUACAGGAACCUAUGCAGUGACGAAGACGUCCCCAGAAGUGUCGCCAUAUGCCCUCAGAGGCGAUGCGUAGCUUUUGGCUGCCAUGGUGGAAUUGAACUGCACUGGGUGGACGCCUUGACUGGACAGGAUUUGAACCGUUGGUUUCCACUCACUGCACCAUCAGACUUCCUUUAUUUCCUUCCUCCGCGUAGAGGGAUUGAUUCGGCAAAAAAGCUACGACUCAUCUCUAGUGCUGUUCAUCCCAGAGAGGCAAGUCCUCUCACCAAGCGAUUUGGGGUAACUCGAGGAUCCCUUGCAUCAUGGGGAACUUGGGAGCCAAAAGCAGGUCAGAGCGACCAUUUUCAGGCAGUGCCAUUGAGCGAUGGGUAUCAUAUACUUUUCAUGGAUCCAGAGACUGGUAGGCUUUGUCUCGGCAGUGAUGCGCCGUUAGGUGGGCCGACGAAAUUAUUGAGGAAGAUAUGGUUUAUCCCUCCACCAGACCUGAGUAGAUUUUUCAGGCCAAGCGUCUAUGCUUCUGGAGCAGACAUGAGAUUCGGGAGACAAUGGUCAGAGAUACAAAGUUCCGAGGAACCCUGGAAACCUGUUACGGUUAAUGGCUGCUACAUUGGAACAGUUCGAAGGAUCAUAGAUCUAGCAGUUGAUAGUGGUCCUAACAUGGCGGUCUAUACCUUCUCAGCAGAAGGUCUUGUUAAUGUCUUUCAGCUCGAAAAAACAAACGCCACAUUCCACGCUGGAGACCAGAUGAAGGUGACUCAAUUGGUCUCGCAAAGAAAUGGCGAUAUUGUUGUCGAUGAGGGCGAAAUAACGGAAUUAAUGGAUUCAACAUGA